AUGGACCAAGCCCUCGAGACCUUGUCUGCCUCGCGCGGAAGUCUGUCCCGAGCCGUCGAGUCGAUGCCAACACCAGUGCUCCUGAUCCUCUUCUUCAGCGUCAUCAUCAUUCUGCAGUGUCUCUCAGCCACGCCCGCCGACGACCUCCUGCCCGUGCACGAGUGCCGCCUCAUCUCCCUCCCGGGCGUGACGAAGAAGGGCCACGCCUACCUCGACGUCGGCACGCGCCAGCUCGUGUUCAGCGAGCAGAAGCUCGACGCCUACGAGCGCCGCGAGGAGCGCCGCGAACAGCGCAAGCUGCGCAAGUACUACCGCCUCCGCGAGGCGCUGCGCGAGUACCGCAAGGUCUCGAGGCGUAUCCCGGAACACCCCGAGGAGGUGCUCGAGGUAGUAUAG